GGGGAAGGGGAGGAGGAGGACGACGACGACGACGACGACAGCGAGGACCAAGACAAGGAGAGAGAGUGGAGAGCCAGAACGAGGCAGUAGAGGGAAGGAGAAGGCCUAACCCGGCAGCAGCCGUGCCUCCGGGGACAGAGACGUUCCACGUUGCUGGUGGCACUCAGCUUGCUGGCAAUGCAGCUGGAAGACGCUUCCCUGCCACAGGCUGUGAGACAAAGUGGUGAACCCGAGAGAAACGGACCGGCGGGAGGCUGGCCCCCUGGGCCCUGCCUGAGCGAACAGAGAAAGGAGCCAGGAGGUAGAGACAGGCUCCUGCCCCACGGCAGCUCUGCGGCGUCCCCUGAACUUGGCUUCCUGGUGCCUGCAUCCUGCCCGCUGCCCCCGCACUUCCAGGCCCUCACAGCCCGAGCCUUGAACUUCUCCAGAACCACACCUGGCUACCAGGCCCCCGACGACCCCGUGCCAGGCUGCCCUCUGUCCCCACCCCCGUUGGGCCCCAGACACAGCCGGCCCCCGGCCUUCUUCUUGCUCCCCCUACCUGGCGCAGGUUUCGGGUGACCCGGACGUCGUGCCAGGCGUUGUCGUUGAACUUGCCGUUGACAGGUUCCACAAGGGCCUCGAAGGCUCCUGAGCCCAG